AUGUUUGCAAGUUCUUCAAAAAAAGACGUCGCCAUGUCCUGUACCCCUAGUGUAAGCUUCCGCUCGCUGGCGCGGCUGCCGCUGCGCGACGCGGUGGAGAGCCGUCCGCACAGCCUGGCGUCGUGGCGCUACGCCUUCCUGCCGGCGCCGGCCGCCGCACCCACCAGCCCCGUCAUGGGCGACGACACCGCCCCGCCCCGCGGCCAGCGCGACCAGUACCGCGUCGUCUGCUUCGUGGAGGGCUGGUCGGCGUACCGGCGCGAGCCCGCGCGCUUCUCGGCGCGCAACGUGGACCCGCACGCGUGCACGCACCUCGUGUACGCCUUCGCCGCCAUCGACCCGCACGGCCUGCACCUCAUCCCGCAGGACGAGGAGUACGACAUCGUCAAGGCGGAAGAUCCCGCCUGUUCUUGUGUCGGAAGUCCACCACUGGAGCCUCGCCGGACGGAAAAUUUUAAUCCCGACGCUGUUCCGGGCGACGCCCAGUGGCUACGUGCUCUGCAGCGAGAGGCAGGCCCUGGGGGUGGCCGUGGCGGAGGUGACUUCGAUUCCCGCGCGCAUCAUCGCCUGCGGCCGCUGGCACGGGCGCGGGGGCGCGACCUCGCGGCGGCGGCGGAAGUGGCCGGCCCGGCGCCUCCAAAGAGCGGGCGGGGCGGCGGCGGGGGAGGACAUGGCAACCGUCGCCGCUGA